CGCGGGACAGCCUUUCAAUCCGGACCAAUUGGGUUUGCCGCGCGCAACGGGUUCUCCCCGGAGCCGCCAAGUUAGGUAGGCCGAGCAGUUGCUAAGAGCCGUUAUGAAGCUGCGGUGUUGAGGAAGACUCCAAGGAAAAUCUGCAAUGUUAACUAUGCAGGGUCAAAGCAGCCGGCAUAUUCACUUUUGACAUACACAACUGAAACAUGGCGAGCAUUACGCAAUUAUUUGGAGAUCUUUGUGAGGCCCACAUGGCAGGCCUUUCAUGGAAGUGUUAUAGGGGGAAAAGGCAACUGAACAGAACACAAUUCAAGGAAAAAUUAAAAAGGGUUGUCUACAAUACACUAUUUAUGAAUCUUUUUCGUGAUGUAGCAACAUCAAGGUCUCAGUCAGAAAUCAGUAAGUUGCCUGUGAAAAACAAAAUUCUGAUGUUGUCCUUCAAUUUGAGGUUGGCUGGGAUGGGUAUAGAAGCUGAUCUCCUGGAGGAACUUACAGAGAAAGUAGAAAAAUCAACGUGCAUGCCGCAGACUGAUCUGAACUCCGUACUGGAACUUCUAAUUGAACUUGCAGGGACUGGAACUUAUCAGCUUCUACAACGAAAAAAGGAUUAUUUCUUGAACAAUAAAUAUGUCGGGAGAAAUGUAAAAUUUCAGGGCUAUGACCACUAUGAUGUCAGCCUGUUUGAAUCAGGGCUGUUGUCUCUACUUUCCACUGAGGACUUACAAUUUCAUGAUAAUGUACAGCGUACACUUCAGUUAAUGGAUGCACAACCUGGAACUGGAUUACCCAGUUUUGGACAAUCCUCCCAUAAUUACUUAGCUGGUGAUAAAUAUGAGAAAGAAACACGAUUAUCGCUUUUUGGUGCAUUGGUACAUAGUUGUACAUGUGAAAUGGAAGUCAAACUGGAUUUGCCUGCAGUGCCAGAUAAUGUGGAUAUGACUGGACUUAAAAUUAGGGUUCCUCAAAGUAUUGACCAGUCAGAAGAUGAAGGAUUUCAGUCAGCAUCCAAUCUUACCCCAGAUUCACAGUCAGAGCCCAGUUCAUCUCCUGAUAUUGAUCUCUGGAGUGCAGUGCUUUCUUAUGAACCGAGCAAGUAUAGGUGUUGGGAAUUAAUAGGCUGUCCUCCAGGUAAAAAAGAAAGACUGUACCUCACUGAAGCAGGUCGAGAAGCUUUUGAUAAAUUCUACCAAUUACGUGUAGGUCAGCUGCAGCUCAUCAGUGGUACACUGUUGCACCCGACUCCAGUUAUACUUCAGAAGGAAUCUGAACUAGUCAAAGAUGUCCUGAAUGUCCUCAUUGGUGUAGCAUCCAUGACCUUCUUGUUGAAUCAGUCUCUCCAGGCAUUUGUCGUCAGGCAAGGUGUGUAUAUUUCAGGAACAUCCCCCGAAAGUAUGUACAACCUCUUGUCUGAACUGGCUGAAAAUGGAACAUAUUACACUCGCCUUAGUCACUUUUCUCUUCAGCCCAUCCUUGACUCAACAUAUAACAAAGGACUCGUUUUCCAGGCUUUCACAAGUGGUUUGGGAAAAUACCUGCAAUAUUAUAGAGCUUGUGUGUUGUCAACACCUCCUUCACUGAGCCUUUUAACGAUCGUCUUUCUGUUCAGGAAACUGGGGCGACAACUAAGAUAUUUAUCCGAGUUGUGCAGGAUUGGAUCAGGUGUGCUGGGAUUAAACCGAGGAAGUUCAUCAUCUUUUCCUACAGGAGUAAAACUGUUAUCCUAUUUGUACAAGGAAGCUCUAAAUAACUGCAGCAAUGAGCACUAUCCAGUAUUGCUCUCUCUGUUGAAAAGCAGUUGUGAACCAUAUACACGGUUUGUCUAUGAUUGGGUUUACAGUGGUAUUUGUAGAGAUGCUUAUGGAGAGUUCAUGAUACAGGUGAAUGAAGACUACCUCAAUUUCAGAGAUAAGCACUACUGGACGCAUGGAUAUGUUCUCGCUUCCAAAGAAGUAGAAGAGUGUGUCCCUCUUUUCCUUGCUCAUGUGGCUUAUGACAUCUACUUAUGUGGAAAGACAAUUAAUUUGCUGAAAUUGUGUUGCCCAAUGCAUUAUAUCUGCUGGUCUGACAUUCCUGUCCCUCGCAUUGCUGUCACUUUUUCCCUGGAGGAAUUGGAGGAAAUAGAAAGGGACUCUGCUGUUUAUGUCAGUCGAAUGGAGAAAAUAGCUCGUUACAGUUCUAUCAGCAGAGAGGCAAAGAAUCUAAGAAAGGAGAUUGCACAACGGGAGUUGAUUGUACAAGCUCAACGAACAGCUACGAGAGCCAUGGCUACAUUCAGAGAUAAUCAGUUAGCUGAAAGGAAGGCUUAUGAUGUAAAGAAACGGGAGCGAUUUGUGGAGCUGAAAGAACAAUUUGAAAAGGACAUGGAGCGUCGAAAUGCAAUCAAACAACAGGAAACUGAAAAAGAUUUAUUGGAGGUUCAAGCACUGAAAGAGCUUGAAGAAAGACGCAGAGCAUAUGAGGAAGAAUUGGAGAAAAGAGCAAGACAGCAACUAAUUGAGCAUUAUAGCAACUUAUCAGAGGAGGCCGCAAGGCGAGAACAGAAAGCCCUGUGGAAAAUCCAAAGGCACAAGUUAGAAUCUGCACGCAUUGACUUUCUCCUUAAUGAUCAAAAAAAACUUCAGGCAUUGCUAGAGAAGUUGCCACUGGGAGAGCAAAGAGAAAAAUCAGAUGUUAUUCCUGGAUUGGAUCUGCAGCUUCAUGAGCCUUUGAAUAAAGGUUUUGAUUCUCAAGAGUUGAGCGUUGAGAUAACAUCAAAUGAAAACAGAAUAUUUGAUCUGAAAGAGCACUUACUUGCACCAGUGAAUGAAGAGGCUACAACUGAUGUAGCACCAGUUGAGUUGCUUCCAUUUCAAGAUGGAAUUGAACCAUCUACUCAAAAUGAUAUGGUAGAACCUGGACUUGAAACUUCUCUGGAUGAUGAAUCACAGGAUCAACCUCAGACCUGUAAUCCGAACCAGAAGAAAGUAUGUUUGCUUGAUAUGAGUUUUGAGGAUUUUCUCCCGAAGGAGCAAUUAGAACCUGUUGCUACCUUUGACACACUUAAACAGACUACAGUACUUGAUGAGGCCCUAAAGGAAAUAGGUUCAGAACUGUCAAAUGAAAAAAAAGGCAGAGAUUUUGACAAAGAUGAAUAUGAUUUCAGUAUUCCUUCAGCAGCAUCUGUAGGGGCUCAGUAUAAAAGAUCAGUAGGCAAAUACACUUCACAAAUAGAUUCUCAGUGGGAUAGUCGCUCUGAUACACACAUCAAAGAUGUCACGUCAGAUAGUAAGACAUCAGGGCCUCAUGCAAAUAUUUAUGGUCAUGUAUCUGAUUCAAAUCUAAAUAUAGGUGAAUAUACAUCCAAUGUUGAACUUGCUAGGCCACGAUGGAAUAUCCAUGGUCAUGCUUCAGAAUCUAACAUAAAAGUUGGUGAUUAUGUGUCUAACAUUGAACCACCUAGACCACGAUGGAACAUUCAUGGACAUGCAUCACAAGGAAGCAUGCAGAUUGGUGAAUAUGUUUCAGAUGUAUUACAAUCUUGGCCAAAAGCAAACAUUCAUGGACAUGCAUCACAAGGAAGCAUGCAGAUUGGUGAAUAUGUUUCAGAUGUAGAACAAUCUUGGCCAAAAGCAAACAUUCAUGGACAUGCAUCACAAGGAAGCAUGCAGAUUGGUGAAUAUGUUUCAGAUGUAGAACAAUCUUGGCCAAAAGCAAACAUUCAUGGACAUGCAUCACAAGGAAGCAUGCAGAUUGGUGAAUAUGUUUCAGAUGUAGAACAAUCUUGGCCAAAAGCAAACAUUCAUGGACAUGCAUCACAAGCCAAUAUACAAAUUGGUGAUUAUGUUUCCAGUAUGGAACCAUGUAGAUCUAGAUGGAACAUCCAUGGACAUGUGCAACAACUUGGUAAAAAUGUAUCCCGUGCAGAACCAUCUGAGCCACAAUGGAAGAAACCCAGUAAAUCGUCACACACUUUACCUAAAAUUGCUGAGUCCCCUGUAUGUGAUUGGACAGCUUUUGGGCAUCCUUCACAAUCAAAUUUUAGAAUCGGUGAGUGGUCACCUUACAUAGAAGCAAACUUAAUCCCAAAGCAGAAAUCAGUUGCCGGUCACGCAUCUGAUUCCACCAUUCAAGCCACACUGUACAACAAACGAUCACUGUCAGAAAUGGUGGUGCCAGAUAAAGCUGAUGAAAAACUGAAUGUUGAAAUUGUAUGUCCUACUAUUUCCAAAGAAGAAAUAAACAACAUUGAAGAAUCCAAGUUGAUUACAGAUCUUCCACAGCCUGAACCUGAGCUAAAAGAGAAUGAAAACAAAAAACAGGAUGAAUUACAAGGUACCUGUGAAAAAGAAAUUACCAGCAAAUGUACAGAAGAAGCAAGGUCCACACUCCCUCUUCAAACUACAUGCUUUCAAGUUGAGAAGGUCAAUCCUCUUGAGUUACAAAAGGAUUGUUUUCAAGAAAGAAACGCACACGGUGGUCAUUCAGAUUCUACUCCCAAAGAUCUAAUGUAUACAUCAGCUGACCUUUUGAAUGAGGCUGUGGGGCCUGUGCGGGAAGAAAGUGUUGAAGUAUCUACGUGGGAAAAGGAACAGGCCUACCUCAAAAGUCUGGCAGAUCAGUACUGUGUAGAACACUACCAGGAUAACUAUGAAUUGAUGUCUGAACCACCCAUCUCACAUCUGCUUCAGAAUAUAGUAACUGAGCCCUGUUUAGUGCCCUUGGAUCCUUCUGUUCGAAGAGCAACAGAUGCAACAGCAGUGCAAGCAAGCAGUCUCGUCUCACUUCCCGUACUGAUGAAGCAUUCUAUAACAGCACCUCUUAUAGCUCAUGCUUCCCUGGUAAAUAAAGCCAUAAUUGAUUAUUUAUUUGUGGAGCUGAACAUUGAACAGAACUUUGAGGCGUUAAGACAUUUCCUUUUGAUGGAAGACGGAGAGUUUGCACAGUCACUCAGUGAUUUGCUCUUUGAAAAGCUUGGAUCUGGACAGACACCAGGGGAACUUUUGAAUCCUUUAGUCCUCAAUUCAAUCUUGAAUAAAGCUUUGCAAUAUAGUCUUCAUGGAGACUCUGCGAUGGCUUCUAAUUUGACUUUUGCUCUCAAAUAUCUACCAGAAAUAUUCAAGCCCAAUGCACCAGAUGCCUUGAAUUGCUUGGAACUAAGAUACAAGGUGAAUUGGCCUCUCAACAUUGUGAUCACAGAAAGCUGCAUGAACAAGUACAACAAGAUCUUUUCCUUUUUACUGCAGUUGAAGCAUAUGGUCUGGACAUUAAAAGAUGUUUGGUUUCAUUUAAAACGUACAGCUUUAGUUAACCGUUCUUCAAGUUCAGUCCAGUUGCAUCAGCUUCAACUCUAUCGACAUGAAAUGCAGCAUUUUGUCAAAGUCAUUCAAGGUUAUAUUGCCAAUCAAAUUUUGCAUGUUACGUGGUGUGAAUUCGGACACAAACUCUCUUCAGUUGGAAAUCUGGAUGAACUCCACAGAACACAUGCAGAGUAUCUCAACAAGGGCAUUUUCAGAGGGUUAUUGACUGAGAAAGCUGCUCCAGUGAUGAAUAUCAUUCACAAUAUUUUCAGCCUGAUUCUGAAAUUCCGCAGUCAACUGAUCUCACAGGCCUGGCAAUAUGAUGCUGAUAAGCAAAUAGCAAUACAUCCUAAUUUUACCAUGAUGCAGCAAUCUUACAAGACAUUCAAACAUUAUUCACACUUUCUCUUUAAAGUGGUCACAAAACUUGUCAAUCGGGGAUAUCAGCCACACCUUGAAGACUUCCUGCUGAGAAUUAACUUCAAUAAUUAUUAUCUAGAUGUUUAAUGUUUACAUUGCUUGCAAGAAUUACAACUGGUAUGUUACUUAAAACGAUAGAAUAAAUCAUCAGGAUUUCAGUCUUUAAAAAUUAUGCAUCUAAGUAUCUGACUUGUAUAUAUCUGUGAUAUAUAAACAUGCUAUAUCCAUACAAAUAAAAGGUUUGUGAGGACAUCAACCUGCAUUUGUUAUUUAUAGGAAUUAGCAUGUCACCUGCUUUACCAAUCUGCCAUAUUUAUAGAUAAAACAAUGUUUUUAAAGCUGUAUAUUUAAUACACAUUUCUUUUAAACUUUUACUGGCGUUAUUUCAAUUAAAAUGUUUCAUAAUUUUAUUAAUUAGGAUUAGUUUCGUACCAGUUUUAAGUUAAUUGGGUCAUGCAAAUGCUUACAAAGACAGAGCUGGCUUUGGUAAUCUUUAUUUUUCAUCCUACAAGUUUGUGAGUAACUUGUAUAUGGACAGAUCAAAGGCUAGUUAUUGUCUUUGUAAAAUAUUGCAAGUCAAUUAUAGUCUGAAUUCUACAUUGAUUAAAUCAGCUGUUUUUAUAAAAACAAGAGAUUCUGUAGAUGCUGGAAAUCCUGAGCAACACACAUAAAAUGUUGGAGAAAUUCAGCAGGUCAGGCAGAAUCUAUGGAGAGGAAUUAACAGUUGACGUUUCGGUUCAAGACCCUUUAUCAGGACUGGAAAGGAAGUGGAAGGGGUACAAAACCAGAAUAAGGUUAUGGGGAGAGGGGAAAGAGUACCAGCUGGCAGGGUGAUAGGUAAGGAAGAAGGUUGGUUGGAUGGGAGAAGGGGGGAUAAAAUGAGAAGCUGAGGUGAUCCAUAGAAAAAGUGGCUGUUGGCUGAAGAGUUGUUGCAGUAAAGCAGUGUCCACCAUCAGGGACCCUCACCACCCAGAUCAUGCGCUCUCCUCAUUGCUUCCAUCAGAAAGAAGGUACAGGAGCCUCAGGCCUCACACCACCAGGUUCAGGAAGUUACUGUCCGCCAACCAUCAAGCUCUUGAACCAGAGGGGAUAACUUCAUCAUUGAACUGUUCCACAAUCUAUGGACUCACUUUCAAGAACUUUUCAUCUCAUGUUCUCAAUAUUUACUGCUUAUAAAGACUUUGCCUCCACAGUUGCCUGUGGCAACAAAUUCCACAGAUUUGGCACUCUCUGGCUAAAGGAUUCCUCCUCACCUCCAUUCCAAAAGGAUGCUCCUCUAUUUUGAGGCUGUGUCUUUUGGUCUUAAGACACUCCCACCAUAGGAAAGAUCCUCUCCACAUCUACUCUAAUAUCAAGGCCUUUCACCAUUCUAUAGGUUUUAAUUAGGUCACCCCCUCAUUCUUCUAAUUCUAGGUCACCCCUCAUUCUAGUGAAUAAAGACCCAGAGCCAUCAAACACUCUUCACAUGAUGGGCAGUUUAAUCCUGGAAUCAUUGUUGUGAACCUCCUUUGAAUCCUCUCCAGUUUCAGCACAUACUUUCUAAGAUAAGGGGCUUAAAACUGCACACAAUACUUAAAGUGAGGCCUUACCAGUGCUUUAUAAGUCUCAACAUUACAUUCUUGCUUUUGUAUUCUAGUCCUCUUGAAAUGAAUGCUAACAUCGCACUUGCCUUCCUUACAGACUCAAUCUGCAAAUUAACUAUUACAGAAUCCUGCACAAGGACUCAAGUCCCUUUCCACCUCAAAUUUUUGUAUUUUCUCUCCACUUAGAAAAUAGUCAACCCUUUCAUUUCUUCUACCAAGUGCAACACUAUAUCUGCCACUUAUUUGCCCAUUCUCCUAAUCUAAGUCCUUCUGUAGACCCCCUAUUUCCUCAAACCUACCCCUCCACCUAUCUUUGUAUCGUCUGCAAACUUAGCAACAAAGCCAUCAAUUCCAUCAUCCAAAUCACUGACAUAUAACGUAAAAAGCAUUAGUCCCAACACAGACCCCUGUAGAACACCACGAGUCACUGGCAACCAGCCAGAAAAAGCUCCCUUUAUUCCCACUCUUUACCUCCUGCCAAUCCAGCCACUGCUUUAUCCAUGCUGGAAGCUUUCUUGUAAUACCAUGGACUCAGCUUGUUAAGCAGCCUCAUGUGUAGACCUUCCCUCCAGUAAUGGUAACUUCAGACACUUCAUGACCCCGACACUUGGAACCACCACCACACUGCUAGUGUCUUCCACAGUGAAGAUUGAUGCAAAAUACUUAAGUAUGUCUGCCAUUUCCUUGUUCACCGUUACUACCUCUCUAGUGUCAUUUUCCAGUGGUCCAAUAUCUGCUCUUGCCUCUUUUACACUUUAUGUAUCUGAAGAAACUUGACCAGAGGGCAAUAAAUAUUGUCUCACUAGCUAGUGCUCACAUACAGAAGUGUUUAUUAACAAAUCUAGAAGCUGUCAAAAUAUGCAUUCCAGCCAACAACUCAUAAAGAAUCAAGGUCCUAAAGGGACUUUCACUGGUCUCCAAUAUUUGUCUAUUACAAAUGUUGGAAAACCUUUUAAAACUUAAUGUUUAUACCUUCCUGGGUGUUUGGAGCUGUUGUAUUUUGGAGAUGACCAGAAUCUUGGCAAUUCUUUACUGAAAGAAAUUAUGCCUUAGACCAAGAAUCUAAUUCAAAAUCUCCAGGUUCUGCUUGUUUUUAUGUGAUAUUCCUUACUUGCAGGAUUAUUGGGGAAGAGUGUGAUGAGGGUGUGACCAGAUGCUACAUUUAAAAAAAAAUCUUUAUGCUAGAAUUUACAAACAUUGCAAAACCCAAAAUGUUGAAUUUUAAUUUUCAGAUUUUUGCCUGUAGAUAGUGAUAAUUUAGCAAAAUUAACAUUUACUAUGAUCUGGCUAUGCAAUCCAGAAGAAUUUCAGCCACAUAAAAAUGUACAUGACCUCAGGCAAUUUUAAUUGUUUUAUAAUGGUUACCCACAUGUUAUCUUUUCCUUGUAAUACAUUUUGAUAAGUGUUUGAUCACUUGAAUUUGGCCAUGGUGAUACAUGAUGUGUAGCCUUGUACGAUCUGGUUAUGAUAACUUUGCUUUACUAGAAUGAGAUGAAGAUUUACAGCACACCUUAGCUUUUGUGUAUUUAUCAAAGUCCAUUGGAACCUGUGUCUUGCUUUUACAUCUUGGUCUUUUCUCUUGCUUGGUAUCCUCUUUAGCAUUAUUGGCUAGCUUUCUUUUGUAUUCCAUCUUUACCUUCUUAAUGGCUUUUUGAGAUACCUUCCAUUGGUAUUUAAAAGCUUCCCAAGUGCAGCAUUUACAGGGAUGAAUGCUCUGACGGAGAUCAAUGGGAAGGAACGAAUGGGCAAGGGAGUCACGGAGAAAGUGAUCCCUGUGGAAAACGCAGAGUGGGGGAGAGGGAAAGAAGCAUUUAGUGGUUGAAUCCCAUUGCAGAUGUUGGAAGUUACAGAGGAUGAUGUGCUGGAGACCCAUGGUGUGGUAAAGGCAAGCGGAAUUCUAUCCGUUAUAUUGGCAGG